AUGCCAUCCCAUAUCAAAACAUAUGAUGGAACUGAAGAUCCAGAGGAUCACCUCCAGAUCUUUACUGGUGCUGCUAGGAUUGAUAAGUGGUCUAACGCUGAAUGCUGCCGCAUGUUCAUGCAAACCCUCGUUGGGUCAGCCAGAAUAUGGUUCAAUGACCUGCCUGCCAGAAGCGUUCGAAAGUUCGACGACCUUAGCAAAGGGUUCCUGGCCAACUUCUCCCAACAAAGGCGGUACAUUAAAGAUGCCACGGUGAUUUUCCAGACAAUACAAAGAGAUGAUGAAUGCAUUCGAGAGUUCAUAGAAAGGUAUAAAAAGGAAGGACUAACGUAUGUGGAGGCAGAUGAAAAGAUGAGAGUGGCCGGUUUUAUGAACGCCAUUACCUCCAAAUACCUUACAAGGGAUUUCAACAAGUCCCUACCAAAGACCUUGGAAGAAGCUCUCGAAAGAGCCGAAGCCCACAUUCGAGGAGAGGAGGCUGUAGAUAUAAAGGAGCAAAGAAAAAGGGGCUCCAGUUGGCGAGGCAACAACCCCGCUAGAAAGAAGGGGAAUUUCCAUUCUUAUGACAGACGUCACAGGAGCUCAGAGCAACGAAGACCUGAAGGUUGGAACCCUUCAAGCAAGGAGAAGACCGUAAACUUUACAGCUCUUACAAAAACCCCGCAAGAGAUCCUUGCUAUAGAGGAAGUGAAACAAAGCUUCUGA